AUGUCUAACCCGCCCAGCAAUUUCCUUAAUGAGGACUUCGGAUCCGAAGAGGAAGAUGAUGACUUUAAUCCCGCCCCCGUCGAGGAUUCCGAUGAUGACCGGCCGAAGAAGAAACGGGGGGCAACACCUAACGAUGAUGUGGCGAGGGAUGAUAGGUCUAGGGUAGGGGGAGGGGGCGACGAGGAAGACCAAGAAGAAAAUGAAUCUUUGCGGAGAAAAGAGAAGGCUGAGAAUAGCGAGAAUGGAGAGGGAGAGGAUUAUGGGGACGUGGAUGAGAGUGGUGGGGACAGGGAUGCUGGAGGUUCGGAAGAAGAGGAGGACGAAGAAGAUGACGAUGAUGACGAGGAUGAGCAGGCUGUUUCGGGUCGACCACGGAAACGUAGACGGCGGGGAAUCAAUGCCUUCCUUGAGGUUGAAGCUGAAGUUGACGAAGAAGAUGAUGCUGAAGAAGACGAGGAGGAGAUGGGUGAUGGAUUCGUCGCAGAGCACCCUGACGAUCUCGACGCUUUACCCGUUGGCGCGGAGACUGAUGAUCGAAGACAUCGCGAGCUGGAUCGGAAGCGAGAUCUAGAGGCUACAAUGGAUGCUGAGAAACAAGCACAGGCCCUUAAAGAACGGUACGGCCGGAACCGAGCUGCGGCAGCAGAUCUGGUCGUUGUGCCGAAGCGAUUACUGCUACCGAGUGUUGAUGAUCCGAGUAUAUGGGCCGUCAAAUGUCGCCCUGGCAAGGAAAGGGAGAUUGUUUUUAACAUUAUGAAGAGAAUCGAGGACCGUCCACCGGACUCCAGGAGGCCGAUUCGGAUCAUGUCUGCGUUCGAGCGGGGCGGAACUAUGAGUGGAUAUAUCUAUGUUGAAGCCCGCAAGCAGGCCGACGUCCUCGAUGCCCUGAACGAUAUGUCGAAUGUAUAUACCAAGUCGAAGAUGAUAUUGAUCUCCGUGAAGGAAAUGCCCGAUCUACUCAGGGUAACCAAAUCGGAACAGCUAAUCCCUGGUGGUUGGGUACGCAUCAAGCGAGGGAAGUACCAGGGCGACUUGGCGCAGCUCGAAGAUGUCGAGACGAACGGACUGGACGUUACUGUCAGGCUUGUUCCUCGUCUGGACUACGGUUUAAACGAAGAUAUGGGCGCACCUAAUGGUGAUGUGAAACGGAAGAGACCAGGUGCUAAUAGUGCCAUUGCUCGCCCGCCGCAACGACCAUUCAGCGAAGCAGAGGCUAAGAAAAAGCAUGCAAGGUAUCUGAGUGCUACCUCUGGGCUUGGAGGGAAGACUUGGAAUUACCUUGGCGAUAAUUACGUUGACGGGUUCCUUAUCAAAGAUAUGAAAGUGCAGCAUCUAAUUACAAAAAAUGUCAACCCACAACUUGAUGAGGUUACCAAGUUCGCCCGUGGUGCCGAUGAUGGCACUGCGAAUCUUGAUCUUGCUGCUUUGGCUGCGAGUCUUAAAAAUACGACUACUGAAGACUCAUAUCUCCCUGGGGAUACUGUUGAGGUUUUCCAAGGCGAGCAGCAAGGUGUGGUUGGCCGGACGGUAUCCACCCGCGGGGAUAUUGUCUCCAUUAAGGUUACGCAAGGCGAACUUGAAGGACAGCAGAUAGAUGUGCCUAUCAAGGGCCUCAGGAAACGCUUCCAAGAAGGUGAUCAUGUUAAAGUCAUUGGCGGCAGUCGAUUCCGUGACGAGUUGGGUAUGGUGGUUCGCAUUAAGGAUGACCGGGUUACUUUGCUCAGCGACAUGAGUAUGCAGGAAAUCACGGUGUUCAGCAAGGAUAUUCGAGAAGCUGCGGAUGCUGGUGUUGAUGGGAAACUUGGCAUGUAUGAUGUUCAUGAUCUCGUGCAGCUUGACCAAGCAACUGUCGGUUGUAUUAUCAAGCUAGAUCGAGAAUCGAUGCGGGUCCUUGAUCAAAACGGAUCAGUUAGAACUGUACUGCCGUCCCAAGUCAUGAAUAAAAUCCUCCAGCGUCGCAAUGCCGUCUCCACAGAUCGUAAUGGCUCGGAGAUCAGAAGCGGCGAUACAGUCCGUGAAGUUACCGGAGAACAACGAACAGGCGCCAUUAUCCACAUCCACCGUUCAUUCCUUUUCCUUAACAACAAAGACGCAAGCGACAACGCGGGUAUCAUUGUUACACGAGCGUCGAAUGUUACUACGGUCGCAACCAGCGGCGGGAGAUUAGCCAGCCGGUCUGCUCCCGAUUUCUCGAGGAUGAACCCAGCAAUCCAGAAAAAUGGAAUGAAUGGCAGCGGAAUGCCACCACCGAAGUCGUUUGGUAGGGAUCGGACUAUUGGCAAGACUGUUACGAUUCGAAAAGGCCCCUUCAAGGGCCUGUUGGGUAUUGUUAAAGAUACGACUGAUGCUCAAGCGCGGGUUGAGUUGCAUUCGAAGAAUAAGGUGAUUACGGUGGACAAGGAUAUGCUCGCCAUAAAAGAUCCUAUCACUGGUGCUUCAAUUGAUCUCUCCCGAUACGGCGGUAGAGGCGGUGGUGGAGCCGGGCGGGGCCGAAUCCCUUACGGCAGCUCUGCAGCUCCCCCCGACUGGUCAGGAAGUCGCACACCUCUGGCUGCAAAUGACCCCUCACGCACUCCUGCAUGGCGGUCUUCUUCCUCACGAACACCAGCCUGGGGCUCUGCAACAGCAAGCGGCUCUCGCACCCCGGCAUGGAAAGCGGACGGUUCCCGUACUUCAAACCCAUACGACGGCAGCCGAACCGCAUAUGGCGGUACCACAUUUGGCGGCGGCCGCACCCCUGCCUGGACUUCCGGAACAAAGACCCCCUAUGACUCCAGCUCUGGUUUCGGCGGCUCCUCGACUUCGGGCUUCGAUGCUUUCGCCGCUGGCUCCCGAACACCGGCGUAUCCUGGCGGUGGCUCGCGGACCCCUGCAUGGGCGCCCGGAUCCGCAGCGCCUCCACCUAUCGGACAUAGUAGCGGAAGUAAAAGCAGCUACGAUGCCCCAACCCCGAGCACGGAUUACUCCGCACCCACACCUGGCCCCUACGGUGGCGCCCCGACACCUGGUGCCACUGCUGCAACACCACAUGGUUGGGCAGACAAUGCACCCACGCCUGGUGCGAUCCAUGCGCCGACGCCGGAUGCUUCAGGUUAUUCUGCCAAACGCACCGGCGAGCUGUACGAUGCUCCAACCCCUGCUGCCAUCGGAGGUGGGAGACCGUACGAUGCUCCUACUCCAGCGAUGGGGGCGGGUAUUCCAGCUACACCUAGCGCGGGUGAUGAUGGCGGACCUAGAUACGAAGAAUGCACUCCGAGCCCGUGA